UGUUAAGAAAAGUAAUCAAUCUUCGCUUUCAUUGAACUUGAUCUUGUCAUUUUUUCUUGUAAUACUGCUAUAUAAGUAGAAGCCCUCAUAAACUCUACAAUAUUCACACCCAAAUAAGUUCAAACCCUUUUACAUUCCAACUUAAAACCUUAACGAUGUCAGCUUUGAAGUUUUUAGCCUCAGCUCUUUUCAUGGCUGCUGUUCUUGGAGGAGCUAAGGCUCAGUUGAGUGCCUCGUUUUACGACACCACUUGCCCCAAUGUGUCAGGCGUGGUACGUGGCGUUCUGGAGCAAGCUCAGGGGAAUAAUGUUCGGAUUGGGGCUAUACUUGUUCGUCUUCAUUUCCACGAUUGCUUCGUAAAUGGUUGUGAUGGAUCAAUUCUCCUAGACAAUGCAGACGGCAUAGAGAGUGAGAAAGAUGCCAUACAAAACACAAACUUGAAUGCUGGAUUUGAUGCGAUCGAUGAUAUAAAAACGGCUUUGGAAAACGUCUGUACCGGUGUUGUUUCAUGUGCUGAUAUUGUAGCCAUUGCCUCUCAAAUUUCCGUCGCCCUGGCAGAAGGUCCGUCAUGGGACGUUCCGAUGGGGCGAAGAGAUAGCAGGACGGCGAACCGUGACGGCACCAGCGAGAUUCCCAGCCCUUUUGAAAGCCUCGAUGUAGUUUCACGCAAAUUCAGUGAUAAACAACUAGAUUCUACAGAUCUUGUUGCCUUAUCCGGUGCGCAUACAUUUGGACGUGCGAGUUGCGCCGUUUUCGUGCACCGUCUCUACAACUUCAGCGGCACCGGAAACCCCGACCCGACCAUAGACGCAACGUACCUAGAAACACUCCGAGGAAUCUGUCCGGAAGGCGGAAAUGGAGGCACCGUGGCAAAUCUUGAUCCCUCCACGCCAAACGGCUUCGACAGUAACUACUUCACCAACCUGCAGAACAACCAGGGACUUCUCCAAACCGACCAGGAACUGUUUUCCACCGCCGGCGCCGACACGGUGGCCAUAGUUAACCGGUUUGGGAACAGCCAGAGCGAGUUCUUUGAUAGCUUUGCUCAGUCCAUGAUUCGGAUGGGAAAUAUAAGCCCCUUGACUGGAAACCAGGGAGAGAUCAGGACAAAUUGCAGGCGUGUUAAUUAGCAUUAGCAUGCGGCUACUCUUGUUUGUGUUCAGAACGAACAAAGUCUGAACAGUUGUAAGCUCGUUUGCUGGUUCAAUUCUGAAGUUAUUUGCAGCCAAAAGUAUGGAGUAAACAAAACAAUGUGUGCUGUGAUUUGAAAAGAUUGUGUGUUUGUGUGUGCAAAAUCAUGUUUUUGCACUUCCCUUUGUUUGAAAAUUUGAUGCAUUUUAUUGGCGGGAUAACCUUUGCCGAUUAGAGUUACAAGAAAGAUUUUACUCUAUUAGUACUCUAUGUAUUUGAGUCAGAAUAUGACUCUUUAUUCUAGUCUUCAUGUGAUCUGUAUCUUUGGAUUAUCACAUUCAAUACAAUUUAUACAGUUCUCAUCCA